AUGUCGGGUAAACAGCGGGUCACGCUCGCAUCAAUGUGGGCAUUCGAAGAUAUCGGAGUGAGUGAUAGCCUCUCUGACCGUUUUAGGGAAACAAAUCCUCAACUUGAUCUUGAAUGUCACUACCAUAGAUCUGAAAACGUCCUUGAGGUAGACGGUAACCUUGAAGGCUGCCCAUCACAGAUCGCGAAGGCCGUCUCGAAGUUCAUCGACGGUCAGAGGAACAAGGACCUCUUGGAUGUGCAUCUCUCUGCUACCAUUCAAGAUGACGAACACCCUAGCUCGGAUCAGGGCGAUGAAGGCGGCCUCUUGGCUCUGGAGGAUGACUCAGAUGAGGAGUUGAUCCCCAAUCCGGUUGCUCUGGUCACGAAGUUCUGGCUGUCGCCCAGCGGGGGGGUUGGUUGCUUUUCAGAGAAUCGCUUCCAUGAUUUUAUUACGCGGAUAGCAGGAUUGACGGGCACUGAUAUUGCCGUUGUCGAGGAUCGCAGAAUCCAAGUGACUGGAAAGUCACCCGAGGAUGUUGAUGAUGCUCUGGCAAAACUCUCUCGGAUUGAGAGGCCCCUGAGCUUUAUUGCGAACCCAAACGUGGCGAAUAUCAACGCUACUCCUGGUAGUGGCCCCAUCCGCCUCCGACUGCAGAGCUACAGCAGUCUUAAUCGCAUAGCCCUUGGGCGGAUUCUGGCCGAUCCGAGCUCGGACUUGAGCUCGGAUCUCGGUCAGAUGUUCGUCACAAUCCUCCUUUCCUUUGAUGAAGAAGCCCAGGUGUUCAAGGCAUCCAACAAUCUUCUUAACCCGCCGCAUGUGACGGAGGAACCUGGGACUUCUCGUAUCUGGAACGAUUUUACCUUCCAAGGGAUUGGGAAACGCGAUGAAUAUCUUGCGUUGGGCAAAGUCGCCGGGCAUGUUGCAGCGAAGGCUCAUGCUACAGCUUCUAGUCUCUCGGCCCCUCACCCUUUUUUGACCGCCGAAAAGGCAAAUGAAGUGAACCAGUGGGUUGUUCAGGGAGUCGAGAUGGAGCAAACUAUCUCUGCAACUGACGCGGAGUCCAAAGAUGUUCCACGAAUUGAGUCAGCACCUGUUCAGAGCUCAGUCCCAGCUCCCAAAAGGCCCCCCGGUAUCAAAGGUCGCAGGCCCAUCCCAUUAGACAGGGACCAGCCAAUGUCAACCGGCGAGCUUGUCACUCCUGAGCGGGUGAUAGCCCAAGCAACUGAACCUGAAGAUGAUUCUCCUAAACCUCGAAGGAAAUGGAGGAUGACCUACAAUGCCAAUACUGCAGGCCAGCAGACAGACCCGAUAGUUGAGGCACCUACGCCACGAGGCCUGUCGAGUCCAUUGCAGGGAGACCCUAGAGACGCUCAACCCAUGGUAACUGAGGAGAAGGUGCGUCUACCUCCGACUUUUGAUACCACCAGGUAUAGUAUCAACAGAAGUGCCCCUCAGACUACUACGGGUACAUGGGGCAACUUCCAAAGCCGGCGAACAAACCCAAACCAAGUGCGGACACCCGAAAAGAAGCAUAGCAAACGAAAAUCACUCGUUGACAUACUUGAGCCGGUAUCAAGUGGAAGCGCCAGCACUCGCCCUCUCCUUUCUUUCUAUCAUCCUGCUUUGGUUCCAGCAAACCCGGUUGUUAGCAGCGUUGAUCACUUGACACCUCCGAGUAUGGAGGGCUUGGUCAUCCAGGGCAUGAGCAACAAUUCUCUGGAUCUCGCUGGUCUAACCUUCGAGGACCCCAAAAUUCCGUUGGAGCUCAGUAGCUCGGCAUCUAUCCGAGGAGUGAUUUCGUCUAGCAAUGACAGGGACACUUCGAACACUUCGUCUAGCAUUGACAGAGCGAACAUUUCGUGCAAUAGCAAAACGGCCUCUUGCGGUUAUAACAGGGUUACUUCUCUCAACAAAGACAGGGAGUCCCUUUCGGGUAAUGAAAGAAUGACUUUGUCUAGUAGUGAGAGCAUGCCUGAAAACACACAACGACUAGCUUCUUUGAGCAGGGUUUAUAAGACCAGUGAUGAUGGUACUGCCCUCGUUAUCGAUGAGGCUUACAAUACUGCACCGGGCCUGCGACAGACACGGGGAACCCUGUCCCAAGAUAAAGUCGCGGAGCUUGAAAGGGCCUACAAAACGGAGAAACGCUCCAGAAAUGAAGUUGUGACCAGAAACUUUCACCGUACUAUGAUACACAAGGCACCCAAGCCGAGUAACAUCGUGCAGAGCAAGACUGGGAACAAAGCCAAGAGACAGGCGACGCUCGAAGAUGCCUGGGGCUGGGUAAAGCCUGCGAAAAAACCAUCUGCCGAGGCUUCAGGAACUCAGCCCUGUCCUGGCCCAAAAGACGACAAAAAGGCGACACCUGUGAGUCAGGGCCAAGGGAGGCGGAACCCCCAAACAGACAAGGGCAUGGAAGAUGCUACAAGCGAUCGCAUGAAUGAGGAAAUCAAGCAGCUUUAUGAAGCCCUCAAGCCCACACUAGAAGCUGCUGAAUCCUUUCCAGGGUCAAUGUCGUUAGAAGUGCAGAUCGGGUUGCUCUUAAUACCGACAAUCCCACAGAUGUGCAGCGAGCGAGUGAUCACUAUGAAUGAAUGGCUCAAGAUUUUCCAGCCACGGAAUGGCUUGGUGGCACCCACGACCAAGUUCAUUAGCAGACUGACAACAUCUGGUGCUGAUGUCGACCAUCUCGUCAACCUCAAGACAUCCAAAGCAGCAGGUAAGCGUCGCCUGUUCGAGCAAGAAUACGACGAAUACAACGUAUCAUAUGAAUACCAUUGCCGAACAAAGACGGGCCAGUUGAUUGUCAUUGCAAUCGACGAGCAGGGGAAUCAUUCAGUCAGGCAGCCAAUUUCACCACUUGGGGGUGUGAACCUGCAUUUUCCUGGACAGACCUGGGAUGCAAUGGUGGCCAUUAAUCGUGUUACCGAACAUCUGCCCGGUGCCAAUCCGGAACUUGAAGAAGCCGCUCGACACAUGGUUGACUACCUCUGCAUACCUGCAGACAGACAGCUACUGUGCAUAUUUACCCGCCUCCCGGACGGAAUCAAAGUCACCGUCGAGAAGGUGUUCUUGAAACGUUGGACUAGGCAUAGAUUCAUUCGCUCCAACGAGGCCCCUUCGGAUGAGGCCCAAGGUAACUCAAUUGCGGAGGGCGAAACCACUGAGGACAUUUAUUUGCAGAUUCUGGAGGUGCAAGAUUUGGUCAUUGGGACCAUCUCAGACGGACAGGCUAUCCGUGCCCGUGCGAUGCAGCCACAAGAGAUGAUCAGGGAGGGGCGGCUCUGGUACGAAGCGUCACUCAUAAGCCCCGCUAUCGAAUCGAUCUUGAAAAGUAAUGCCACUCUCGAAGUCGGCGAACGUGCGGAAGACUGGUGCAGUGCUGACCUACUUGGGAGGGACGCUGCUCUUGUGGGUGACAAACAAGAGUCCUCGACAACGGGUACACAAAUUGGGCCUGUCGCCUCGGCCAUUGGGUGUGGUGGACUUGGGGACCUCCUCCGUCUCACCAAAAAGGUCGUUGGGAAAGCAGAUGGGGUUGGGUACUGGAACGAGGGGCCUGGCGUCCUGACCGAAGGUGCUCUCGUGGCGCAGCCUGCCCCCUCUUUGAAGGGCCUCGACUUCGAGGAUAUUGAGAGUGUCAAGGAGAUAGGUAGCGCUGGCCCGCAAAACGAUAUAGCAGGCCCAGCAGCCCUUGAUCAGCUUGAACAGGAGUUCUGGUGA